CAACUUAGUGCAGUUCGGAGAAUUAAGUACGGCCUUCGUAGAGAGGACAGCUCAACAAGAUCGACUUUCAAGCUAUUUGCCGCUUUCUAGUCUGUUUGGAGGAGGUCGAAGAUUAUGUAACGCCUCACAUGAAGAAAAUAUGAGAGCUCUAGUAGAAGACGGGACGGCUAUGGCGAUCGGAAUGUUCAUUAGUAUUGCAAUAUCUCUGCUGCUGUGCAUGAUAUCAGUCUCCCUCAUAAGUUGGAGCGCUCUACGACAGAUCACGAGAAUACGGUUAUUGUUUCUGGAAUACGUACUGCGCCAGGACAUGACGUGGUUUGAUACUGACUCUGAAUUUAAUCUGGCUUCUAAAAUGUCUGAAAACAUGAUGAAAAUUAAAGACGGUAUGGGAGAGAAGCUUGCUGUGGUGGCAAAUCUAAUUGGAACCGCUAUUAUCUGUCUCUGCCAGGCUUUUCCAAUGGGCUGGGAAUUAUCACUGGCUUGUUUCACCAUUGUACCAUUCUCGAUAGCGGCGUCGGUCGUCUUAUCUAACUACCAAACAAAAUCUUCGAUUCGAGAAAUGGAGUCUUACAGUCAGGCUGGUAAGCAAGCUGAGGAAGUUCUUAAAUCCAUAAAAACAAUAGUUGCGUAUGGCGGGGAAAAUAAAGAGGUUGACAGAUAUCGCCGUCUCUUAGAGCCUGCGGAGUUGUAUGGACGUAAGCGUGGCCUGUAUACCGGCUUGGGUACAGGUUUCAACUGGGUUCUGACGUACUCUCUGAAUGCCAUCGGCCUGACGUACGGCGCUAGGCUUGUACUCAUGGACUUUGAUAAGCCCACCGAUGAAAAAAAAUAUCUCGUCGGUACUGUCUUCAGCAUCCUUUUCAGUUUGUACAUGGCUACGCAGUCAAUUACAUUCUGUGUUCCUCAUGCAGAAGUCUUUGCAUCUGCUCGCGGAGCAGCUGCUAGUAUAUUUAAACUGCUUGAUAGAAAACCUGUGAUAGAUUCUCUCGACACAAGAGGAGUCUCACCCAGACGAGUCAUAGGAGAAAUUUCCCUAGAAGAUGUUCACUUUAGCUAUCCAUCAAGACCGAAUGUUAAGGUUCUACAAGGGUUCUCCCUACACAUUAAAGCUGGGGAAUGCGUAGCACUUGUGGGAUCUUCAGGUUGUGGCAAAAGUACAAUACUUCAACUCCUGCAAAGAUUAUAUGACCCUCUUCAUGGUGUAGUGAAACUUGACGGCAAAAAUCUCAAAAAUUUGAAUUUGAGUUGGCUCCGAUCUUCUUUGGGUGUUGUAGGUCAAGAACCAGUUCUAUUUCGUGGUACGAUUCAUGAAAACAUAGCUAUAGGCAGCCCGGAAGCUUCACGAGAGGACGUUCAAAGAGUUGCUGAAAUUGCAUAUGCUCAUGAUUUUAUUACGCAUCUUCCUAAUGGCUACGACACUGUUAUUGGGGAAAGAGGCGCAUCUCUCUCUGGUGGUCAAAAGCAGCGAAUCGCGAUUGCUCGUUCAUUGUUACGCGAGCCAGCCGUGUUGCUACUUGACGAGGCGACGUCUGCUCUCGAUAACCAAUCUGAACGUCAAGUGCAAGCUGCAUUGGAUAGAGCUAGUGCAGGACGAACUACACUUAUCGUAUCGCACAGACUGUCCACAAUUGUUAAUGCUGAUCGUAUUAUAUGCAUGGAUCAGGGCACCAUUGUAGAACAAGGGAAACACGAGGAACUCAUGAAAGCGAAAGGUUUUUAUUACAAACUCGUUACAACUGGCAAUGAAAAUAAGGAACCAGAUAUUAUAGAGACGUUAGCUGAAGAAGAAAACGAAGAAGGCAAUAGUGGGGAAUUGACUGUUGUAUCGCGAGUCGAUGUAAAGCGACGGUCAACUAGGAGGUUGGUUAGACAUCAUUCAACAAAAAGAGAAUCUCACGAUUGGAUGACACCACGAGGAUCUAUCACUUCUGUAAUGUCUACUGGCUUACAAAGUUACGUAUACAACGCUGAAUAUGAUUCUGAAGAAGAAAAGGACGACGAUGAAGAAGUAAAAUCAGUCAGUGAUUGGGAACUCUUAAAAUUAAACGCUCCAGAGUGGCCAUUUAUAGUCAUCGGUUCAAUUGCCGCUUUUAUACAAGGGUCUUGUUUCCCAGUCUUUGCUCUAUUGUUCGGAUAUACUUCGGGGAUAUUCGUGUUGCCCAAUAGAAGCGAUAUUUUAUUUUAUGCGGACUUCUACUCGGGAAUGUUUCUUGUGGUAGCCGCGGUGGCUGGUAUAUCUAUGUGUCUACAAAGCACUACAUUUACUAAUGCAGGACUUAAGAUGACUACGCGACUUAGGCAACAGUACUUUUCUGCGUUGCUCCGACAGGAAAUCGCCUUCUUCGAUAAGGAGUCCAACACUGUGGGAGCAAUGUGUGCCAGGUUAAGUGGUGACGCGGCUGAAGUGCAGGGAGCAACUGGCCUAAGAAUUGGAUUGAUUUUACAAGGGACUAGCUCGGUCGUAGUAGGUUUUAUCAUGGCCAUUUGUUAUAAUUGGAAACUAACGCUCGUCGGGACUGCAUUCUUACCACUUAUGGUUGGAAGUAUUUGGUUAGAAGGAAUCAUCUCACAGAAAUCUCAGACAGACGAACGGAACGCAAUGGAAUCGGCGACGUCGAUUGCCACCGAAGCUGUUGUCAGUAUAAAAACUGUACAAAGUUUAGGUGUUGAGCAAGUAUUCUUAAAGAAGUUUAAAGAAGCUCUAGUUGUAUCAUGCGCUGCCGUCGCUAAAAAGACACGAUGGAGAGGACUCGUAUUGGGCUUAGGAGUCUAUGUUCCUUUCAUGUCCUACUGUAGCGCCACAGUCUACGGCGCUGUACUUGUCGCCAAUCAAGAAUUGGAGUACAAAGUUGUUUUGCUAGUAAAUGAAGCUCUUAUGUAUGGCGCAUACAUGUUAGGUCAGUCACUCGUCUAUGCUCCCAGUUUUAAUUCUGCAAAAGCUUGUGGAGCAAGAAUUUUGUCAAUAAUAAAUAGAGAACCUAAAAUAAGAACAGAACCUGGACUUAAGGAUAGAAAAGAUUGGGUUGCAACAGGAAACUUUAGCAUCAAGGAUGUGGAAUUUAGCUAUCCAACAAGACCUCACCAGAGAAUAUUGAAGGGAAUAGACUUGAAAGUUGAAGCUGGUAAAAUAGUUGCACUCGUUGGGGCUUCGGGUUGUGGCAAAUCUACCAUCUUACAACUACUGCAAAGAUUUUACGAUCCUGAUACUGGCAACAUUGAAUUGGAUGGACGCGACACCCGCAGCUCACUAACUCUAACAAGGCUACGCAGGCAGUUAGGUGUUGUCCAGCAAGAACCCGUCCUCUUCGAUAGGACCAUUGGAGAUAAUAUAGCGUAUGGAGACAAUAACCGUAAAGUUACAACCUACGAGAUUAUAUCGGCUGCCAAAGCUGCCAACAUUCACAACUUCAUCGUGUCUCUGCCUAAGGGCUACGACACGCACUUGGGAUCAAGCGGUGCUCAGCUUUCAGGUGGUCAAAAACAAAGAGUAUGCAUAGCAAGAGCGCUCGUACGAUCUCCGCGUCUGCUUCUUCUCGACGAAGCGACAUCGGCGUUAGAUGCUAACAGUGAAAGAGCUGUAUCAGAAGCAUUGGAAAAAGCCGCUAAAGGAAGAACGUGUAUUACCAUCGCUCAUCGUCUUUCUACAAUAAAAGAUGCCGAUUUAAUCUGUGUUUUAGAUAAAGGCAAAAUAGUGGAGCGAGGAACGCAUAGUGAAUUAAUCAGUAUGAAGAAUUAUUAUUGGCAUAUGUGUAAAGGACAAAACAUUACUUAAAAAUAUAUAUUCUAAAAAUCCGAACUACACACCAAAAAAUAUGAAUAAGAAUUGUCAAAUAAAGUUUAAACGUAGAAUAUAUGUAAGACUACUAUUUAAGUAAACUUAUUUUCUAUUUA